AUGGACAGCCGAAACGCCGCAAUGAAGCGUGGGAACAGCAAGAGAAGAGCGAGGAGAAACGAGUCGGUUAAGGUUGUUUACAUUUCUACUCCUAUGAAGGUGACCACCAGCGCCUCCAAAUUCAAAUCUCUUGUCCAACAACUCACCGGGAGACACUCCGACAUCUACCGGAUUAUGGAGACUAAUGGGACCACGGAGUUCGAGACCUUCCCCGAUGAUAAUCAUCUAGACGACGGCCGUCUUUCAUUGACUGAUUCCGGCCGGGAGUCGUCGGCGGCCACGACGACAACGUCGGAAUCUCUGACGGAGCUUUUGGAUGAUCAUGCGGCGUUUAGUACUGAGGUUGAUGAGAUGUUCCCUAUUGAUUUGUUCCUUGACCUUAAUUACUCCGAUCUAGAGGCUGAUGUUCUUUGCAGCUCUUAUGCCCUGUAA